CAGGUAUGGCGGUGUCUGUGCGGGGGCUGUACUUUGUGGUGACCCUGUUUCUGGGCAGUUUCUUUGGCAGCAUCUUCAUGCUGGGCCCUGUGCUACCUCUAAUGCUGCUGUCACCCUCCUGGUACCGCUGGAUCACAGACCGUAUCGUGGCCACCUGGCUCACCCUGCCCGUGGUGAGUCCUCUUACCCCUCAUCUGUCUGUGUUCCUUACGUCUGCAUCCCACUUAUGUCAGUCUUUUUUAUCACCUUUGUUUGACCACUGUGGUCAACUGUUUCGCCUUUUUGGUUUUGACCUAACAUUCUUUGAUGUCUGCCCUAGACAUUCUUUGACCUCUCACUGACUUUGUUUUGUACUAUUCUUGGCAUCUGUGUUUUGGAACCAAAUUAAAUGAGUCUUCCUGUUCCUACGUACCUCCCGACCCCUCCCUACCCCUGUGCAGGCCCUGCUGGAGCUGGUGUUUGGGGUUAAGGUGGUGAUCACGGGUGAUGGCUUCAUCCCAGGGGAGCGCAGUGUGAUCAUCAUGAACCACCGGACGCGUCUGGACUGGAUGUUCCUGUGGUGCUGCCUGCUGAGGUACAGCUACCUGCGCCUGGAGAAGAUCUGCCUCAAGGCCGCCCUCAAAGUUGUGCCAGGCUUCGGUGGGUGUAGGCAACACACACAGACACAUACGUGUGUGUGUGUGCGCACACACCUCAGCAUGGGUAUACACAGUGAAAAAGAUGCAUACACACAACUGUAAAUUGCUUUGGAUAAAAGAGUCUGCUAAAUGGCAUUCAUCUGGUUAAUUUGCUUCAGGCUGGGCCAUGCAGGUGGCCUGCUUCAUCUUUAUCAAGCGUCGGUGGGAGGAGGACCGCAGCCACAUGGAGAACAUGCUGGAGUACUUCUGUGACAUCAGAGAGCCCCUGCAGCUCCUCCUCUUCCCUGAGGGCACUGACCUCACCGGUAACAGCUUUCAGUGACAACAGUCACAUAGCCAACCAGGGCAAUGAUGUGUUGGCUAGGACAUAAACACUAGCACCCUGCAUCAACCUCUUCCAUCUCUCAUCCCCAAGCCUGUUAACAUCGGUUUUAUAACUCCCUGAGGAUGUAUGUGUGGUAUGUGUAUACAAUCCUCUUAAAAUCAGUUCGACUUACAGACCCAGGGCCAGAUAUGACAUUUUACUAAUAGUUUUAGUAAUGGUUCCUACACUCCCCCUACUCUCCUAGAGGGCUGGUGGUAAGAUUUGGAUCAGGGUGUGCUUUCUGUGACUCCCUCUGGAUCAAAGAAGUCUUAGCUUUGUCCCUGAGAGGAUAUCUAAGGAUCUACAGGUGUAGCACUCCCCCAUAUCUUUUAAUGAAAUCAGCUCAUGUAAUGAUAUUCUAUUCAUAUCUAGGAAGGACAUGGAUGAGGGUUGGUAUACGACCAAUGUUCUCUCACGCUUACAGUAGUGUUUUAAACCCUAUCCAAGAAGUUAAUGUGAAAUGUCAUCUUAUGAUAGUCAAUUAUCCAAAAUGCCGACAAUACUAUUUAGCCUACUUCUCAUUUUCUGUUUUUCUCUCUCUCCUGCAGACUACACUAGAGCAAGAAGUGAUGACUUUGCGGAAAAGAACGGCCUGCCUAAGUUUGAAUAUGUGCUGCACCCCCGCACCACCGGAUUCACCUUCAUCGUGGACACUCUCCGCAAAGGUCAGGGGUUAACUUUUUCUAUAUUUACUGUCAGUUUUGACCCAGGUUGCCCUAACAUGCAGUAAAGUGAAACCAAUUGGCUGUUUGUAUUGUAGUCAUCAUCUGUCAUUGCUUGUUAUGACAACAGUUAGCCUUGUCAAAUUACUCAAAGUGUGAAGGAAUUAUAACAAGCCACAUCAAACAGUGUUACCUGUCUGAGAUUUCUAAAGAAAAACUAGUACUUCAUCAACACUGUGACACAUUACAGCAUCUCAUAUUGCCCUGUGAGCUAAUCCUGGCAGCAUUCCAUAAGUCUUAAAUACCACCGCCUGCGGCGCUUAGCUGGGCACUAAAUCACCAAGCAGGUGUUCUGAACCGCAGUGAUGUCACCAGACUUAGCCCUGUUCCCUCACCUCUGGUGAUUGACAUGUUAUCUAGGUGGUCUUUGUCUGAGUGUGCUGUGCCCCUGGCCUAUUUAUAUCCACUGACUCUCUCAUACAGUACAGUAGGGAGUGGGUGGGAGCUCAGGGCUGGCAGGUGUCGCGUCCUCCUCCCAGGCUGAUAUUUCACUCAGGCCCUGGCUCAUUGUGUGGUAUGGGAGGGAGUGGGGCUGCAGGGUAAUGUAAGAGACAGGAAUGAUGUAGGGCUCAGUGUGGGAGGCAAGAAUGUAUGCAAUAUACUUCGUUAGUUACAUUUGACUCAAGGGAAUGGAUCCUCCGCAUCAGCAUCCGCACAAACCCCACGGUUAAAAUAUAGAUGCACGUCAGUCAUACAUACCUCCCGUCCUUUACAGGAGACAACCUGGAUGCCGUCCAUGACAUCACUGUGGCCUACCCCAAGAACAUCCCUCAGACGGAGCGCCACCUGAUCCUGGGGCAGUUCCCCCGGGAGAUCCACUUCCAUGUGCGCCGCUACGAGGCCUCCGCCCUGCCCACAUCCCCUUCCGCCCUGGAGGCCUGGACCCAGGAGCGCUGGGCAGAGAAGGAGGUCCGCCUGAGGGACUUCUAUGCCGCUGAGCCCCGGGGCUUUGACAGGGAAGGCGUGUGCCGCGUGCCCCCUUGUAAGACGGAGCUCCGCGUGGCUCUGAUCAAGGCAGCAUCUCUGUUCUACUGGAGCUCCUUCAUAGCCUUAUCCUUCGCAGGCCUCUGGCUCUGGGCCCCGCUCCGUCUGUACUUCUUGGUGAUGAUGGGCAUCUACUUCGGCCAGCAGAAGCUGAUAGGAGGGCUGGAACUGCUGGAGCUGGCCUGUCAUCGCUACUGGAAGUCUGUGACUGGGGACGAGAAGAAAAAGGUGGUGGACAGGAACGGGAAGAAGGAGUGAGGAGGAAGGGACGGCAGGAGGCUAACGUUUCUGCAGUGUUCAGUGGGGAUGCUGAGGCCUGAGUCCACAGUUGGGCUUAGUGCAUAUGCUGGAGGGUCCCCACAUGGGCAAUCUCCCUCACUUCACAGGGAGUAAAGAGUGAACCGGCAGGCAGUGUGCAUGGCUUCUAGGGUGAGCUAACCUCACGGCUGAGGUUGCAGAAAAAAAACAAAGGAAAGAAUGAAUGGUGUUCUGCUUGCUGGGUCAUAGUGGCUCAUCACAGCCAUUACUCUGUAAAGCCUUCAUGUGUCUGACUCUGUCUAGCACCUUUACUGUCUACAAUUAAGAGGACUCAUCGUUCAUCGUUUUUGUUCUUAUGUUUAUAUUUCGUAUCGUUCUAGAACCAGUGUCCAUAAAUGUGUAUGAGUGUCAUAAUAAUUGACAGAAUAUUAUGUCUUAGUUCAGUUAUAGCCAUGUGUUUUAAAUUGAUUUUAUUCUUGUUUUGUGCGUUUCCCUUGGUUAUGUAUUUAUUUAUUUUAAGUGAUGGAACAGAGCCAUAGUACACAGCACUCAUACAUUAGAUAUGUGUAUACUGUGAUCAUUUUAGUCAAUAUUUUAACCAUUAUUGUUCUGUGUUUAGCCAAUGUAGAUUAUCCAUUAGUCUAGCCAAAUGAAUCACUGUUUUCCGCAAGCAAUCAAUAGCCAACAAUUAUUAUCGGUAGAAAUGAAUGCUAUCUGUCCAAGUGAUGAGUCAGUUAUACACUUAGUGUAGAAUUGUUUACUGGCAUUGAAUCCGAACACUGUCUAAGACAUUAAGGCCACUGUCAUGCCAUUUACAUUAAAGGUGCAAUAUGCAGAAAU